AUGCCUCUCGGUAAUAACACAGCACCGGCCAACAAUAUAAUUAGGCUGGCUCAUACGCUAGGAUUCAUCGACUACCCAAAGGAAAAGACCGCCGAACCAUAUCUAAGCUACAUCUUGAAGCAGCGUACUGAUAAUCAUAGUGAAGCAAACUAUGUCAACCUGUUCGUUGAGGUCGUCAAACGCUUCCAGGCCACCGCACCGGUUGCUACAGUGCAGUCAGUCAUAGACAAUCUCGUCUUGACAAACUUUCCAGGGCUUUCCGCGAACACUGCUGUCGGUGAUGACAGGCGCAAGGAAGACGUUGAGGAUACGGUUAUGUGUAUACUUGGAACUUGGGCUACAAUGCUCAGCUCCUUUCAAAACAAGCGUCAGCAUCGUGAGGUUGUGGCAGCAUACUCAAUGUCGUCCUAUGCUAUAUUAGAUGAUCUUGGUGUUCAGGAGUCACUGUCCAUCAGUGCGAAACGUCUCAACGCUUUCACCCUGAAUGUGUUCAGCGGAGUGGAUGUUCAAUGGACGCCCAAUGUGUCACGCCACUUACUUCUUACCAAUGUAGGCGGACGCCACGUUUUGGAACUGUUCUCAUUGCCGUGUGCUUUCUGUUCCAUCACAUCUCUCGCCGUAGGCAUACCGCGGGAGCUCCAACAAGAGAUUUCAGAAUCAUACGCUAUGCUAUUCAACGCAUGGUGCAUAAAGCCAUUACACGUGAACUUAGGAGAAGUUUUUGGGAUCCGCAAAAUGUGCUGGUGCCGGUCGUGCUGUGCCUACCGCUAUCGUAAGCGAUGCAUCCACGCCUGCCGCUCACAUGGACCGGCGACUUCACGACAUAACGCAGCGAAUCCAACCCAGAGCGAUUUCGACCCGACUCUAGAAAACCUGAUGAUGAAAGACUCAACCGAUAGCUGGACGCCAGUGAGCUUCCCGUACCUCUGGCCACGCAUUGCUCGACUCGAAAAACACCUUCAGUCGUCAAGACCUUGGAGUCUAUGGGUGCUAUUUCGCGAUCGCAGGGACACAUUGCAGUUUUGGACAUUUCUAUUUGGUACCGUGAUCCUCUUUUUGACCGUCAUUCAGGUCUUGCUUGGUAUCGCGCAGGUUGUAGGCUCCUUCCAGUAG